AUGGUCGCGAAACCACAGCAGAGCGGCGGAGUAUCCGAAAUACCAUCCAACAUCCCUCGGCCCUUCGCCGAGUCUCGCGGACUUGGCCAGAUAGAUCCGAACGCGGUAAAAGAUGGAGGCGAGAUGACACAGCGGCCUGCGCCAGUCAAGGAGCGCAGGCCAUGGGCACAUUUCGUCGCCGGAGGACUCGGCGGCAUGACAGCCGCGACAGUAACAUCACCUCUCGAUGUGCUAAAGACGCGGCUACAAAGCACCUACUACCAGGGCGAGCUGGCGUCAAGACGAGCAGCAAAAGGCAUCCCCCCUCCGAACCAACUACCCUUCCUCCGAGCAUCUUGGCUCCACAUUUCAGAGACCGGCCAGAUCCUCGCUCAAAUACCCAAAGUCGAAGGCUGGCGCGCUCUUUUCAAAGGCCUCGGUCCCAACCUCGUCGGCGUCGUCCCAGCCCGCGCCAUCAACUUCUGGGCCUACGGCAACGGCAAACGAGUCUACAGCUCCCUCUUCUUCCACGGCCAAGAGAACGCUACCGUCCACCUCCUCUCCGCCGCGACCGCCGGCCUCAUCACCGGCACCGCCACCAACCCCAUCUGGCUCGUCAAAACCCGCCUCCAGCUCGACAAACAAAACGCCGGCACCGCAGGCCACGGCCGCCAAUACCGCAACGCCUGGGACUGCGUGCGCAAAACCUUCCACCACGAAGGCAUCCGCGGCCUCUACCGCGGCCUCAGCGCCAGCUACUUGGGUGUGAGCGAAAGCACGCUCCAAUGGGUCCUCUACGAGCAAGCCAAACGCUCCCUCGCCCGCCGCGAAGCCGACCUCAUCCGCUCCGGCCGCACGCCCACGUUCUGGGACCGCACGGUCGAGUGGAGCGGCAAGCUGACGGCAGCGGGCGGGGCCAAGUUCGUCGCGGCGCUGAUCACCUACCCGCACGAAGUCGUUAGGACGAGGCUUCGCCAGGCGCCGGUGGACAGCACGGGACGCGUGAAGUAUCGGGGGCUGUGGAAUUGUUUUGUCACGGUGUUCAGGGAGGAAGGAGUGCCGGCGCUGUAUGGGGGGUUGGUGCCGCAUAUGCUGCGGGUGGUGCCGAGUGCGGCGAUUAUGUUUGGGGUUUAUGAGGCGGUGUUGCGGGCGGCGGGGGAGAGUGCGAAGGAGUUUUGCAUGGAAUGGGUGGCUUUCUGA